AUGUCAGCUCCAAAGAGUUUCCAUCUUUGUGAUAAUAUUGGAUGUCAUUGUUGGAAUGGUGAUGCUACUAAAAAUGCUUAUUCUCCAUGUUCCAAAGAAAUUAUUGUUGCUAGUUUUGAUGGUAAUAAAUUUACAACUGAAGCAAAAUUAAAUGAACAUGAUGCACGUGUUACUGGAAUUGAUUGGGCUGCACAAUCAAAUAGAAUUGUUUCAUGUUCAGAAGAUAGAAAUGCAUAUGUAUGGACCCAAAAUGAGAAAGGAGAAUGGGUACCAGUUCUUGUAUUAUUGAGAAUUGAUUUUGCUGCAACUGACAUUAAAUGGUCACCAAAUGAAACUAAAUUUGCAUGUGCUUCAGGAAAUAAACUUGUUGCUAUUUGUAGAUUUAAUGAAGAAUCAAAUUGGUGGGCUUCAGAUCAUGUUAAAAAAUUCAAGUCAACUGUUACUAAAGUAGCAUGGUCUCCAGAUUCACUUACUGUAGCAGCUGCAUCAACUGAUUUUAAGGCAAGAAUUUUUAAUGCUUUUAAUAAAACAAUAGAUCCAAAAGGUUCAUACUCUCCAUUUUCAGAACAAGAACUUUCAUCUCCAAAAUGCAAAUUAGGUACUUUCUUAUUUGAAACUGAAGUUAGUGGAUGGGUUCAUUCUAUUGCUUAUACACCAUCUGGAACAACUGUUGUUUUUGUUUCUCAUGAUUCUUCUAUUUCAUUCAUUGAAGCUAAUGAUGGAAAACCAACUGUUCAAACUAUCAAAUGUAAAACAUUACCAUUCUUAGAUGUUCUUUGCAUUACUGACAAUAAAGUUGUUGCUGUUGGACAUCAUUUCAAUCCAUGUUUAUUUGAACGUGGUGCUGAUGGAUGGAAGUUUGUAAAAGAACUUGAUCAGAAACAAGCACCUAAAUCUACUGGAACUAUGUCUGCUAUGGACCAUUUCAAAUCUCUUUCAUCUAGAGGAACUGCUACAGUUAAGAGUGCUGUAGAAGAAAUUACUACUACUCAUAAGAACACUGUUACCUGUAUUAGACCAAUGAAAUAUGAUGAUUCAUGGAAUGUUCUUGAA